AAACCUGGGAGUAUUGUCUCGUUAAAGGAAACGCAAGCCCCCUCAUCCUUGCCACUACCUAAACUGGCUCCUCCUGAUCUGCUUGGGGUCCUUGUGGGCUAUGGUAAAUUGGCUCAUCUCCAGGGCCUUGGGGAGAGGACGGGGGAGAGCCCUGCGUCUAAUGAGUGUCUGGUGCUGCAGCCCACACUCAUGAAAUUCAAAGGACAUCAGUGCUCCAGCUAGUACUGCAAGCUAAUGCUUUAGCUCUGCACAACCUCUGGACAACCUCUGGAUAGGAGGUGAGACCCAGGAGCGGCAGGAGCCCAGAGACCUCAGGGACUCAGAAGUAAGUCCCUUGUCCAGAACUGUAUGGUCCAGGUCCAGAGGUUUUGACUUUCCACUGCCUUUAGGCAGGACGACACUUAACCCGGUGCAGACGAUUUUAUAAUCCCCGAGGAAGAAGACAGCCUCAGUUAUGAACAGAACAGCCGACUUGCCUUUCCUAGCCUCAGAAUGUCUGAGCGGAAAACUAAGAUAGGAUCGCCUCCUUCAGACCCCCCAUUUUACAGAUGAGGAGACCGAGACCCAGAGAGGGCAUAUGACUUGCCUUCUGACGACUAAUUUACCCGUUUAUUAAUUCUGGCCCUGGUGUAUUUGUUACCUUCUAGAUCUUUGGAGAAAGAGCAAGGGGUCAGCCCACUUCUGUUCAAAACGGGCCCAGUGUGUGGUGUGCUGAGGACUGUUAUUUAUUUGGCCUGCUCUUAAUGACAGCUCCUCACCUACCUGUCCCAAUCCGAGGAGGAGCCCUGGGCAGGAAUUUCCUGUUUUCUAAGGACUCUGGGGGCUGCCCCAGCAGGCUGGCUGCCGCCGUUCCUGGGUGUUCCAGGCCGGGCUUGCUGCCUCUCUCUCCUUGCUGGGCUGGCUCCUGGCCUCUCCAGGUCUGGGCUUGCCGCUGCGCGGCGGAGGAGGUGAGCGACUCAGUCGGGCCGACGCCAGGUGCCUAGAGGCCGGAGGUCCGUGUGCCCCGGCCGCGGCCCGGGCCCCGCCCCGCGCCCCUCGCCAUGGGUCUGGCCCACGCCCGCGGGCCCUGACCAUGGAGCGGGGCUGGCAGCCGGGGGACAGCUACAGCUGGGAGCGGCCCACUGUCUGCCGCCGCGCCCUCAGCGUCUGCGACUCGCUGGACCUGCACGGCGCCCCGGCAGGCCGCGCCGCCCCCGCCCUGCAGGCCGCCCUGUGCGCCGCGCACGAGCAGCCGUCACGGCCGCGGAGUGUGUGCUCAAGCAGCCAGGGGCCGCCGCCCACCGGCGCCCGCAGCCUGCUGCUCGGCCUCCUGCGCUCGCGCCUCGGCCGCCGCGGCCCCGCCGACGGGCGCCCGCCGGACCCUGGACCCGCGCCUCCAGAGCCCCCCGGCCCGGCCGCGCCCAGCCCGCCGUGCAGCCCCGCACCGACCCGGCGCAGCCGGUCGCGCGGGACCCAGGCGCCGCGGCCGCGGCCCACCAGCAUGACGUUCCUGGAGGUGAACCGUCUGGAGCUGGCCGAGGCCGAGGGGGCGGGCGCGGGCGCCGGGCUGGGCCGUGCGGGCAGCUCCGGCUUCCUGCGGGGCUCCUCGCUGUGGAGCAGCCAGCGCUGGCAGGUGCUGCGCGGCAGCGGCGGGCGCAUUGGCCCGGGUCCCCGGCGUGGCCUGUCGGCCCUGAGGAAGAGCUUCAGCUUCCGCCUACGCCGGGGCCAGGAGAUCCGGCGCGCCGAGUCCGGGCUGCUGCCCCGCGCGCGCACCCGCAGCGAUGGCGACGCCAGCUCCUUAGGCGCUUUUCCCAGCCGCCGCGACCUGCUGAUGGGCACAGAGGCCCCGCGCGCGGUGCCCCACUCCGGCCGCCCCCGCGCUGCCGCCGGCCUCUGGAAGUUGCUCACCAGCCGCUUCCGCCGGAGGGAGCCCGCGCCCACCGAGCCCCUGUGGAGCCGCCGGGCGGCCGUGGACCCCGGGCUCCUGGGCUCACCCAGCGACUCCUUUGUGAACAGCCAGGAGUGGACGCUGAGCCGCUCGGUGCCGGAACUUAAAGUGGGCAUUGUAGGGAACCUGUCCAGUGGGAAGUCGGCCCUGGUGCACCGCUAUCUGACGGGGACCUAUGUCCAGGAGGAGUCCCCCGAAGGGGGUCGGUUUAAGAAGGAAAUUGUGGUGGAUGGCCAGAGUUACCUGCUGCUGAUCCGGGACGAAGGAGGCCCCCCUGAGCUCCAGUUUGCUGCCUGGGUGGACGCAGUGGUGUUUGUGUUCAGCCUGGAGGAUGAAAUCAGCUUCCAGACAGUGUACAACUACUUCCUGCGGCUUUGCAGCUUCCGCAAUGCCAGCGAGGUGCCCAUGGUGCUGGUGGGCACGCAGGAUGCCAUCAGUGCCGCAAACCCCCGGGUCAUUGAUGACAGCAGGGCCCGCAAGCUGUCCACAGACUUGAAGCGCUGCACCUACUACGAGACGUGUGCGACCUAUGGACUCAACGUGGAGCGCGUCUUCCAGGACGUGGCCCAGAAGGUAGUGGCCUUGCGGAAGAAGCAGCAGCUGGCCAUAGGGCCCUGCAAGUCACUGCCCAACUCGCCCAGCCACUCGGCCGUGUCCGCCGCCUCCAUCCCGGCCGUGCACAUCAACCAGGCCACGAAUGGCGGCAGCAGCGCCUUCAGCGACUACUCCUCCUCAGUCCCCUCCACCCCCAGCAUCAGCCAGCGGGAGCUGCGCAUCGAGACCAUCGCGGCCUCCUCCACCCCCACACCCAUCCGCAAGCAGUCCAAGCGGCGUUCCAACAUCUUCACGAUAUGUGCCACUGUUUCCAACUUUUCAUCAACAAAAAGGCCUUUCCAACUCCUUCCAAAUUAGAAGACCAGGUGGUGACACACAGCACCUCUGGACAUUGUCCCCUGUGCGGGGCCGGAGGCGGGCCGGGCCCUGGGACUGCUCUCAGAUGAGAAGCGGCCGCCGUGCUCCCCACUCCAGAGACCCACAGGAACCUUUGUAACUAACCCCCACCCCCAGGGAAGGCUAGGAAGCUGGAGCCCGCGGCUGGGGGCUGCCGGGGACCAGGCCCGGCUGGACGCGCUGCGCCAGGCUCGCUGCAUGGAGAAGAAGGGAGCUCGGCCCCGCCCCACGCCCAAGCCGGGCCAGCGCAACACGCCCAGAGGGGCGGGGCGUCCGAGCGCCCGGCCCCGCCCAGCUGCUCCUGGGGGGAGCUUUCCCGCCCCUCCCCUCCUCUGCUCCUUCCUGCAUGGACUUCUGCGUUCCUGCUCGGCUCUGGACGCCAGCCACCGCCGCGCGCUUGCCUUUCUCCUCUCUUGGCCUCCCCGUUUCCUAGGAUCCGCUUUGGGGCGGGCUCUGCCCCAGGAGCCUGGCAGGGGCGCAGGGCCUCUUCUGGCCUCUCUCCUCUCUCUCUCCAUCCACUGUGCCCCUCGGGCCACGCCGACGAGCUCGGUGCAACGUGCCGUGUGGUGUCUGUGCCGCAGACGGGCCAUUGCCCGCUCACUUCUGGACAUUGUUUUCCCCGGUUGUCGUGCCCUGUGCUCCCGGCUAUCCCUCAGUCCAACUGUCCACCUCUCCUCGCCCCUUCCCUUCUCUUACGCCCCAGCCCCCUGGGCUGCGCGCCUCUCGCGCUCUCGGUAUUUCGUGUCCUUGCUCUUUUGUAAGGGGCGGGCCCGGCUCAGUGACCUGUGCUGCUCUGUAUGGUGCCGUGUGUAAGAAUAAACCCAUUGGAAUACU